AUGUCGCUGCUUGGUCGAUUACCCAUGAAGCAUUACCCUUGGCUUCCAUCCCAUUUCCAAAACAUUUAUGAAUGGCUACAUCACACCGAACCCACAUGGGGCUACACAAUCUACCGGACAACAUAUACUCCCCAAUCCCGUGCCGCUUUCCCGCGUGUGGUCGACCUUACCACGAAGGAUAUGAAGGACAAAUUUUACGAGGAUUAUGAAUCCUACCUUCGCUUUAGUCCCGACGCAAAUGAGUUUAAAAGAGCUCCCUUCGAUGAAAUGUGGGCUCAUCACAAACCACGCGUUAUUGAAGAUGCUUCCCAGUUCGACGGAGCAUCAAUAGACCACGUCCGUGAUCAUUUCAAAACCUGGGCAACCGAGCAAGGGAAGGUCGAUAGCUUUCCUAGCUACCGUAUGUUUGUUAUGAUUGAUGAGGAAAGUUUUCAGACUUUACAGAACGCUCCACUUCCAGAGAACUUGCCAUCAAGACCAGAAGACAUACGGCGUCAUUAUGUGAAAGUCGUUGAGGCAUCGGAGGAAGACCCCGAGCCGCCGUUUCCAGGGUGGAUAAAGUGCUCCCUACCCAAAAUGUUUAGCGUGUGGUCGGAUAUGCAGGAAAUGAGUUAUCUGGAAGACAGCUAUUCGCUGAGAUCCGCCGGCACAGAUGUUCUAUGA